CUUCCGUCGUUCAUCUUCGAGACCUUCAUGCUGUAACAACUUCGUGUGCUGAAUACGUAUUCRAUAGUACACUUGGGAAAAGGAUCUGAAUUCACUUUACAGUAUCAUYAUUUGAGUUGAAAGCGCAAAGAAAGGUGCAUCGAUUACCUUGGUACACUGUUUCUUCAACAUUGGUAGAAAUAGGGGUCGGUUCGGUUGGAGCAAGAGAUCGAAGCUUUUGGGCCAUCCGUGUCGCUUUGCGACGCUUUCGAAUGCCCGUUAACAGUUGGGUGAUUUUGUGGCGGAGCACGUCAUCAUCGACAAUUUCUGUGUACCAUAAAUUCUUCUUAUCGUAUUCCAUGUAGACAAAAUUUCUCAAACGACCUUCUUCGAUGAUAUAAUCAUUGUACCUAUCGCCCUUGAGGAAUCUCUUCGGGUGGAGUUCGCGUUCCAGCUCUUUUUCUUCGAUAAGAUCUCGAAACUCAAUGUUGCCGGGAUGAUCCCAAGCCAUUGCCUUGUUGCCAAAAAGUAUGCAAUUCACUUCGGGACAUUCGACGCCACAAACUUCUUCUAUCGAUUCUUCAUUCUUUCCUUCCAAGCCAGCUGCCUCAUUGUCGGUUUUCUUUCGAAAGUUGUCGAUUGCAGUCCUAACCUUCGCAAAUCGAGCCCAGUUCUUGGUCUUGACCAUGAAUGUAUAUGUUCGUGGGAUGUCUUUGACAUUGAUUCCAUAGCUAGAAAGUACGUAAUCUACUUCAACCGGGGAACCGGUGUGGACCCGACACACUCUUCGCCCCUCCGGUCCAAUGAGCAUCAGACACAGCGAGCGACAGAGGUUAAAUACGGGUGAGUUUGGUAUGCAGAAAUGUAACGCGGAGUAUCUCACCGGUAUUGUGGUUAUAAUUUGGUUCAUUUUUUUGGCAGAAUUCUUUGCCAUGCUUGGUUCUUCGAACGUUGGGAAGACCAAAACUACGGCUCCCUUCACUUGCGUGGUAACAUCCUCGGCAAGAAUUGUCCACAGCAAAAACACUAAAAGUCGGAAGGCAGAAKAGUAUUCUUCGUAGGUACUCGCAUCGUGUCUUCCRAUAAAGACAAAUACCCUUCUCCCGAUUCGGUCGCGGGAAGGCAGUACCUGACAAUUGCCAUCACGAAAGUAUUUCAGCUCGAGAGCGGUAAGGUCACUCAUGUACAGCUGUCUUCGAAAGAUUUUUUCGCCGAAGCAUUUGAGCAGUAGAUCGAGACACUCGCAAUACCGGAUGGCGGCUUUUCGGGCAUCAAAUCGAUCAGCUCGAAGAAACUUCAGCCGAUAUUCUUCGGUGCGUAUAAAGUCACUCUUUAACUCGAGGCCUCUUCGAUAUGCAUGAUACCUGCGAUUGCCUCUGCGUCUGUUGUGGGCUUCAUCUUCGUCAUUCAUCGGUGAUAUAGAACACGGAGGAACGAGUUCAUCAAGAAUAUUUUGCAUGUCACGAAGAGCAAGAGCCGUCAUUUCCGGGCAUUCUUUUGUGGUCUCGUUCAGGUUUCURAUAUUGUUUUCGCUAUAACCCCCCCAUCGCCCGAAUUCAACGCCGU